GUCGACUAUAUUAUUUAAAUAAUUUGGAAGAAAAUGGAGUAUUUUCUAUAACCAACAGAGAUUUGAUUAUUUUUUUCUAAAGUAAACGAUUUUAAAGUUGAGUGCUUUUUCCAAAAUGAAUAAAAGGUCAAAAAAUACGUGACGUCAUAUUCCACGUCAUCAUCCGAACUCGCAUGGAUAAGUAGUCCCUCAAUGCUGCAUUUGCAUUCUCCAACUUUCCCGAGCUUCCUCUUCCCUCUUCUCACGUGCCCACUGAUCGGAUCCUUUCAUAUUCUUCACGCGCCGCCGUCCUCCAUGGCCUUCUCCCCGUUUCUUUCCGGCGUAACGCAUUCCUCCGCCGACCUCGCAGGCGUUGAUUUUGACUGGUUGCCCGAUUCCUCUAUCAAGCUUUGGAACUCUGAAGUUUCCGACAGUUGUGGCGACGGUUCACCGACUUCUCCGCCGCAACCCCUAACAUUUCGUCGACCAACUAAUAGAUUUUUAUUAGACCAAUCUUUUAGCCUCCUUAACCCUUCUCUCCAAACAACCAGUAGUCUCCACCGCACCUUUUCUUCAUCGUCGUCAUCGCCACCGCCCCCCACAGCCGAGAGUCUUCCCAGCCGGCCGCUCUUCCCAGCCGGAGAUUUUAAGGAAUGGGGAUGGCAAAGGAAUAAGCAGAGAGCAGAGAGUCCAGUUUCAUGCGAAAGUAGCAUCACCAUUGAAGGGCUAAGCAGAGCUUGCAGAUACAGUCCAGAAGAGAAGAAGGAAAGGAUUGAAAGAUAUAAGAGCAAAAGAAACCAGAGGAACUUCAACAAGAAGAUCAAGUAUGCUUGUAGGAAAUCGCUAGCCGAUAGUCGACCAAGGAUCAGAGGACGAUUCGCAAGGUACAACGACAACCCUGCGAAGAAUUGUCCAAUGCAGUGGAGUCAUGAGCAAAAGGAAGAAGAAGAGGAAGAGGCAAAUAAUGGUGGUGAAAAUUGGAUAAAGUAUUUCAUUGAUGCAUAUUCUUCUGCAAACCUAAUUCCAUGAAAUCUCACACAAAAACAACAAUAAUAAUGUAAUUCUAGUUCCAAUAGGCCUCUUCCAUUCUGACCUGCCAUUCACUUGCGUGAGAGCUCUAUAUUUACUAAUUUGAGGUUCUAUGUUUGUUUCGUAUUUGGGAUGUAAAUAAAAAGGUUUGUUUUUUGUAAUAAGAAUCAAUAAUGUAACUCCUUUUCAUCUUUUUGUGAAAAGGAUUUGACAUUGAUUGGUGUGUA